AUGUCGGAGUUUUGGUUAAUUUCUGCCCCUGGCGAUAAGGAAAAUUUACAAGCUCUGGAGAGAAUGAAUACUGUAACCUCCAAGUCCAACCUCUCUUACAAUACCAAAUUUGCUAUUCCUGACUUCAAGAGUCCUCGAUAUAAAAUCCAUACCCUUGACCCUGGCUUCCGGAUCCCUGCUGAUAGGGCCCAGGCUUCCUCCUUCGUGGCCCUCAAGCCCACUCCCCUCCAGCCAGCCCGGCUCCCUCCUGCCUUGGGUGUGCACAAAAACUCUUUCCUGAGCCCGGGAGGCCUCCCCCCGCCACCCACCCUUGCAUGCGUCAUAAAGAGAAUGGCUCAGAGCGUGGUGCAAGUGAUGGAAGAUUCCAAGGGCAAAGUCCAGGAGAACCUUCUGGCCAAUGGAGUUGACUUAACAUCCUUUGUGACCCACUUUGAAUGGGACAUGGCCAAAUAUCCUGCAAAGCAGCCGCUGGUGAGCGUGGUGGACACACUAGCAAAGCAACUGGCACAGAUCGAGACAGACCUGAAGUCCCGCACGGCCACCUACAACACUCUGAAGACGAACCUCGAGAACCUGGAGAAGAAAUCCAUGGGGAACCUCUUCACUAGGACGCUGAGCAAUAUUGUGAGCAAGGAAGACUUCGUGCUGGAUUCUGAGUAUCUCAUCACACUUCUGGUGAUCGUUCCCAAACCAAGCUACACACAAUGGCAAAAAACCUACGAAUCCCUCUCAGACAUGGUGGUCCCUCGGUCAACCAAAUUGAUUACUGAGGACAACGAAGGCGGCCUCUUCACAGUAACUCUGUUCCGAAAAGUAAUUGAUGAUUUCAAAACCAAAGCCAAAGAAAACAAGUUUACAGUCCGUGAAUUUUAUUAUGAUGAAAAAGAAAUUAAAAGAGAAAAGGAAGAGAUGAGCAGACUGCUGUCUGAUAAAAAGCAACAGUAUGGCCCCCUGCUGCGCUGGCUCAAGGUGAACUUCAGCGAAGCCUUUAUUGCCUGGAUCCACAUAAAGGCCCUGAGAGUGUUUGUGGAGUCCGUGCUCAGGUAUGGACUACCAGUGAACUUUCAGGCAGUGCUCCUACAACCUCAUAAGAAGUCAUCCACCAAACGUUUAAGAGAGGUUCUAAACUCUGUCUUCAGGCAUCUGGAUGAAGUAGCAGCUGCAAGUAUACUGGAUGCAUCUGUGGAGAUCCCUGGACUGCAGCUAAACAACCAGGACUACUUUCCUUAUGUCUAUUUCCGCAUCGACCUUAGUCUUCUUGACUAGGGAGGUCAGCUGGCUCCACUGAGUCCCAUACUCAUGCAGGCUGCUACAGACACUUCUUUCCCUAAGCCAGAGGAACAUCCUACAGAAUUUAUAGUUCCAGAGAAAUAGCUCACAAAAGUUAGUUAAGAGUUGUAUUUAUUUUUUUUAACUUACAAUAAAAUGCUCCCAGUCCUUUGAA